AUGAUGGCGAUCAUCGGAAUGUUCUUCCAGGACGGUUUGACUGGCUCGGCUUGGGGCGAUUGGGCGCUCUACACCGGAUCCCCGCUGCGCGCGUUCGAGAGCGAGCUUGGCGUUCAGGACCCGGUGGGCUUCUGGGACCCGGCUGGGUUCACGGCGGAUGGUAGCACGGAGAAUUUCGCCAGGAGGCGCCAGACCGAGCUGAAGCACGGCCGCGUGAGCAUGCUGGCGACCAUGGGCUACAUCACGCCCGAAAUCACCGGCAAGCUGCCCGGCUACUUGUCGCCGUCUGCUGGCCUGAAGUUCGCGGACAUCCCGAACGGGCUCGGUGCGAUCUCCAAGGUUCCCGCGGCGGGCUGGGCGCAGAUCGUCGCGUACGGCGCGUUCUGCGAGCUGUCCCAGGACCAGUCCGCAGGCACCGCUGCCGCCGCGGGUGACUUCGGCUUCAAGGUGUUGACGUCCAGUGACGCCGCGGAGAAGCAGAAGAAGUUGGCGGCGGAGAUCGCCAACGGUCGUCUGGCCAUGAUGGCGAUCAUCGGAAUGUUCUUCCAGGACGGUUUGACUGGCUCGGCUUGGGGCGAUUGGGCGCUCUACACCGGAUCCCCGCUGCGCGCGUUCGAGAGCGAGCUUGGCGUUCAGGACCCG